UACAGUCUUACAGCAAGAGUGGAAGUUGAACCUGGACCAAAUUACGGAAAAACAACCCGCUGAAAACUCUGUGCUCUGUGCGAAAACAGACAAUAUUCAUUACUUUUGCCGUCGGCAUUGUUUCGAAUGAUCACUUUAGGGAUUCGUUUAUAGUAAUGACAAUGUUGGGUAUGUAUGUGCCAGAUAGAUUUUCUUUGAAGUCAUCUAAGGUCCAGGAUGGAAUCGGGCUUUACACGGCGAGACGAGUGAAAAAGGGGGAAAAGUUUGGCCCUUUCGCUGGAGAAAAGAAACUGCAGAGUGAGCUGGAUGAGAGCACGGACACCAGACUGAUGUGGGAGGUCCGAGGUAGUAAAGGCGAUGUGCUCUAUGUGUUGGAUGCCAGUAACCCUCGCCAUGCCAAUUGGCUGCGGUUUGUCCACCAGGCGCCAUCGCAAGAAGAGAAGAACCUGGCAGCCAUCCAGGAUGGAGAGAAUAUCUUCUACCUGGCAGUGGACGACAUUGAGACAGACACAGAAAUGCUGAUAGGCUACCUGGACAGUGAUAUGGAGGAAGAGGAAGAGGAUGAGGAAGAGGAAAUCAUCAAAGAGGAAGAUGAAGACAGCAAAGAGGCCAAACAUCUCAUUGAAAUGGAACUGGUGAUCAAGAAGGAGGACCACCCGUGCCUGCUGUGUGAGAGCAGCUUCCCUAGCGAGGAGAUCCUAGCAGCCCACCUCCAGAGCCUGCACCAGAGACCAAUCACAGAGGAGAAAGAGUACAAGUGCAGGAACUGUGGCAAGAAGUUCCCCAUCAAACAAGCCUUGCAGCGCCAUGUUCUGCACUGUGCUGAGACCCUGGGUCAUUCAGGAGACUCCUCCAGAGGCCACCACCAGUGUUCCCUCUGCCACAUCACCUUCAGCUCAGAGUCCAGUUAUGACCAGCACAAGGAGGCGUGUAGAGGAGACGCCAGGUUCAUCUGUAAGGCUGAGAGCUGUGGGAAGAGGUUCAAGAGCAAAGACGCUCUGAAGAAACACAAAGGGAACGUCCACACAGGAAGUUCCAGGCGGAAGCUUAUGUGCACCAUCUGCAACAGGAAAUGCUCCUCCUUACUGAAUCUCCAGGAACAUCGUAAGGUACACGAGAUAUUUGACUGUACUGCCUGCGAUAAGAAAUUCAUCUCUACCAAUCAGCUCAAGCGCCACAUGAUCACUCACUCAGAGAAACGUCCGUACACCUGUGAGAUCUGCAGUCGUUCGUUCAAGCGUCUGGACCAGGUGACGGCCCAUAAGAUCAUCCACAGCGAAGACAAGCCCUACAAGUGUAAGCUGUGUGGGAAGGAGUUUGCCCACCGGAAUGUCUACAAGAACCACAAGAAGACUCACUCAGAGGAAAGGCCCUUCCAGUGUGAGGAGUGCAAAGCCCUGUUCCGCACCCCCUUCUCUUUACAGCGCCACCUACUCAUCCACAACAGUGAGAGGACAUUCAAGUGUGACCAGUGUGACGCCACCUUCAAGAGGAAAGACACGCUCAACGUGCACAUCCAGGUGGUGCACGACGGACACAAGAAGUACAAAUGUGACCUGUGUGAGAAGGCUUUCGUCACCCCCUCUGUUCUCAAGAGCCACAAGAAGACGCACACAGGGGAAAAGGAGAAGAUCUGCCCAUACUGCGGACAGAAGUUCGCCAGCAACGGCACGUUGAGGGUCCACAUCCGCAGCCAUACAGGUGAGCGGCCAUACCAGUGUCCUUACUGUGACAAAGCAUUCAGCAAGAAUGAUGGACUGAAGAUGCACAUUCGCACACACACUCGGGAGAAGCCAUAUAAAUGCAGUGAAUGUAACAAGGCCUUCAGUCAGAAGAGAGGUCUGGACGAACACAUGAGGACCCACACCGGAGAGAAACCCUUUCAGUGUGAUGUGUGUGAUCUGUCGUUCAGUCUGAAGAAGAUGCUGAGCAGGCACAAGCUGACCCACAACCCCAACAGGCCCAUGGCAGAGUGCUCGCUGUGCCAUAAGAAGUUCACCAGGAAUGACUACCUCAAAGUGCACAUGGAGAAUGUUCACGGGGAGACAGAGGGCUAGGACCCAUCUACUGUAUAUGAUACUACUGAAGAUAAACUACAGUGAACUCCAAAGGUAUUGGCACAGUGACACAUUUUGCGGUUGUUUUGGUUCUGUACUCCAGCUCUUUGGAUAUUAAAUGAUACAAUGACCAUGAGGUUAAAGUGCAAAGACUGUCAGCUUUUCUUUGAAGGUAUUUUCAUCCAUAUCAAACUUACAGCACUUUUUGUAUAGUGCCCCCAUUUUAGGGGACCAAAAGUAUUGGGACAAAUCCACUUACAGUAUGUGUAUUAAAGUAGUAAACAGUUAAGUAUUGUGUGCCAUAUUCAUAGAGCAUAAUGACUACAUGAAGUUUGUGACUACAAAUUUGUCAGCUGUAUUUUCUGUUUGUUUUGGUUGUGUUUUAGAUUAUUUUGUGCCCUAUAGAAAUGAAUGGUAAAUAAUGCAUAAGAAACAUAUUCUAUUUUUAUUUACAAUAAAAGUGACUACAAAAUGACACUAUUUACCAUUCAUUUCUAUUUGGCACAAAAUGAUCUGAAACACAACCAGAAUAAACAGCAAAUGCAUCCAACAGGUUUGUAGCUUCACAGUCUUGAUGUAGUUGUUGUGUGCUAUGAAUAUGGGACCAAAUACUUAACUUGUGGCUACUCUAAAACACAUGCAAGUGAAUUUGUCCCAUUAAUUGUCCCAUUAAUUAAUUUGUCCCAUUAAUAUUAUUUCAAAUCCAAAGUGCUGGAGUACAGAGCCAAAGCAACAACACAUUUAUCUGUCCCAACACUUUUGGAGUUCACUGUAUAUUUACAGUGUUAAACGUACAGGAUGGCCUGCUAUGCAUUUCAGAUGUAGCAAUAAGCAGUCUUUUCUUUUUACGAUUAAAUAUAUACAAAUGAAAAUAUGGAAAAGAUUAGAAUUCAAUAUCGGAACAUAUCCUGCACAUAGGAAUUGUGGAGUAUGGAGUACAUAUUCAAUUCACAGGGGGUUUGGAUGAGGCGCAAGACCCACACUGUUCUGAUCUGCUUCCAAACCGCUCUUCUCUUCCUGUUUAUACUUUACAUUCAAUUGAGUUUUAAUAGGAAAGUUUGGGAGUGGCAUGUCCAGACAAUUCAGCGCGAUACAAUAACUAGCCUCGCUCCAAAAGUCUCUUUCCUGCUUAUCGGCUUCUAGGUUCCCAUCUUAUGCCAACCGUACCGUGCCUUACUCUGUUACAACUAUAUGACCAGGUAACACACUUCCCAAAGAGUUUGAAAGACAGAGAUGUUUACCAAACACAGCCAGCCUAUUCCCUUCCUCCAGCCCACGGAUUGUCUGGAAAUGCAAUAAAUCCCUUAUUACUGUUGUCAAAGUUACUGUUACUGUUUGUCAAAAGAAGAGCAACAAAUUGUUCAUAAUACUGUAUUUCAUGUCUGCUAAGACUGUUUUAUAUGAUUAUUUCAUAUAUUGAGGGACCAAGUAGUUUCUCUCUGUUUAUACUCCUGUUUUUUCAAUCCUGUAUGUUAAAUGGAUAAUGUAUUUAAUGGAUGGUGCAAUUGUGUAUGUUUAUCUGUCCUUUUUAUGUGGUCAGACCAUAGCCUUCCUGUGUUCCACAGACUGUUACACAUUUAGUAUCUUUUACUAUUCAUCUCAAACUGUGAAUAUUUCACAUCACACUUUCCCGUUUUGAAAUGUACUUCAUAAAAACCUCAUUACGUACCAAACAGCCAUUUACUCUGUUAAUUCUAAGUAUGUGUCGAUUAACUGUUGACGUUGGGGUAUUUCGGAAAACACUUGAGUUGAUUAAAUUUGCUCGCUUUGUUGUUGUUAA